AUGCCUUUUUCUGCGCGAGAGGGUGGCGGUGGAGGAGGUAAGGGGAAGGGCCAUGACAUCACGCCUUUUGAGAAUUCUCAAAAUUUGGCAGCGAGGAGAGGGCAGACGUGGAGGGAGGGGGCAUCACGCUUCAAGUUGGCACACCCCUCCACCGCAUUCCACCCCUCCCCACUCCUGCAGGCCAUUCAUCUCGACCUGAGCGGGCAAUUUGGUCAGGAGGAGAGGGCGGACGUGGAGGGCGCAUCGGUCAUUGGAACAGCAGCCUUCCACCGGGUGGCAUCCCACCGCGCCAUCUACAUCCACCAUCUGCUCUCCUUCGGCUUCUCGGUCCUCUACAGCGACAUUGACAUCGCCUUUCUGCACAACCCCCUCCCCUUCUUCCAAAAACCUGACUCUAGCGGCAGCAGCAGUGGCAGCAGUAGCGGCGACAUUAAACCUGGCCCUAGCUUAGGUGCAUCUGCUGCGGCUGCCGAAACUAUCACCGAUUUCGACAUGUUCCUCACCCACGACCGCUACAUGAAGCAGCCCUCGCCCUACAUCGACCCCAUCGACCCCACGUUCAUCAACGGCCAGCCCCUCUUCUGCAGCUGCUUCCUCUUCUUCCGCCCCACUCUCCCGGCAAAGAGCCUCGUAGGCAACUGGGCGUUUCGGAUGGCAAAGCUAGGCCGGCAGGGGGGUCUAGACCAAGACCAGCUGAAUCUAGUCAUGCAGUGGAUGCUUGAGCGGAAGGUGCUUCCGAGGAUAGGAGUGCUGCCGCCGCUGCAGUUCCCGUCCGGGCAGCUGAUGAAGGAUCACUGGGGGCGGUUUGAGGAGGUGCGGCCGAGAGUGGUGAUGGUGCACGCGAAUUAUCUCACUGGGAAGGUUGCGAAGAUCAAGGGGUUGAAGAAGGCGGGGCUGUGGCGGGUGAAGGUGAAAGAGCAGGGGAAUGCGACUGCUGCUGCUGGUGCUGCUGCCUCUAGGGCUCCUGCUGCUGCGGCGGCUGGGAAGGGGAAAGGAGAUAGUGACAAGGAGGCAGGGGUAGUAGAAGGCAAUGAGGAAGAAGAGGAGAAGGAGGAUGAGGAGGAAGAGGAGGAGCCGGUGCUGCUGUUCCCAAUGCCCCGGCGGCCAGAUGAGGCUGGAGAGGUGGACAGUCUUGACGAGACCCCUGGGAUGCUGGAGAGGGGGAGAGAGGAGGGCCGCGCAGGGGGGAAGGGCAAGGUGGGGGAGGCCCGGGUGGGGGAGCCGCUGGCAGGAGGAGGGGGAGAGGGAGGGGGAGCGUCAGGGGGAAGUGGUGGGGAGGGAGGGGGGGAUUGGGAGGCGGAGGUGUUGGGAGCGGUGGAGCCGUGGGUAGGGGAGCAUCUUGGGGAGAUGGAGGAGAAGGGGAUGAGGAUCAAGGGGGCUGCUGGCAUGGUGAUCGUCACUGUUGCCUGCGAUGGCCAGGAGGCGUUAUUCCGCAACUGGUUCACCCAUGUGGGCCGCAUCCCUUCUCUCGGCAACAUUGUGCUCGCUUCCGUGCCUCCUCAGAUGAGCAUGCCAGGCGGCCAUGUGAUCACACGCUCCAGUGACAGCGUGUCGCCCCGAGUGGCCAGAGCCACGUGCCUGCUGCUGCCGCCCCUCAUCCUCGCCCGCUUGCUGGCUGCCAACGUCACUGUUGUCUACAGCGACAUCAACUCGGUGUGGCUGCGUGACCCUCGCCGCUACUUCCCGCCAUCCCAUUCCCUCGUGCUGCCCUCCCUCUCCCACCAAGACCCGCCUCUGCAGCAGCAGCAGCAGCAGCAGCAGCAGCCAGACACGCCACCAGCGCAAGGGGCAGCAGAGAACAGGCAGCAGGCAGCAGCCCCUGCACCCCCCAACACCACCGCCCUCGCACCGUCCCUCCUGGGGUCCCUCUCUCCAUGGCUCAUGGCUCUUCGCCCCUCCCCUGCUGUGCAAGCCAUGGUGCAUCGGUGGGCUGUUGGGGCUUUAAGGGGAUAUGUGACGGCAGGUGCGGCAGCAGCAAGGGGUGGUUCAGGGGUGUUUUCUGGUCCGGAGGUUCUUAGCACGGCGCUCAAUCACGCUGUGGCGGAGAUGGUUCGGGGAGAGAGUCUCGUGGGAGUUGAGGAGGAUGGGUUCGCUGUAGGUUCGGAAGGAGCUGUGGACGCAGGCAUGGAAGCAGGUACUGAAGCAGGUACGGAAGCACGUACGGGAGCAGGUACGGGAGGAGGCACAAGAGGCACAGGAGAUACAGGAGCGAGCGUGGGGGUACUUCCAGAGCAGUUAUUCCCCCCUGGGUGGAGGGCGGUAGGGGACAGAGCAUGGCUGGAGGCGCAUAGGAGAGAGAUAGUGGCUGUGCAGGUGAGCUGUCGGGAGGAUGGCAGGCAGCAGGAGGUUUGUCUUCGAGACAUGAAGCUGUGGCUGUAA